AUGGAAGUGAAUGGUGAACCAGAUGUAGCUGGUAUUUUCAGCGCGGCUUUAAUGCCAUUGAAAGAUAUGAAACAUGCAGAUAUUUUGGACCAGUAUGAAAUGAACAUGGCUGAUGGAAAUAUAACACCUGACGUUCUAGAACAUUUAUCUCAAAGAACUACACAGAACCAUAGAGAUGGUAUAUUUGGUGAAGAGUUUAGAAAGAAAGUUAGGGAGGGAGAAGGAAGAGAACCUAUUGUACAUGACCUUGCAAACGAAAGUUUACAAAAUGUCAUAAAAACUUACUUUGCAGACAAUGAACCGAGAAGGGAUGAAUAUUUAAGAAAACUCAAAUGGACAGUACCAAAUGAAAUGUUAGUAUUGAAAAACAUGUUCCUUGACAAAAUAAAACCAACUACAGAAAUAAACGACGCAAGACUGAAAGAUUGGGUAAAAGCUUUCCCAUUCACAAAAGAUAUAGUUGGUAACAUGGAAAAAAACCAGAAUGGCUACAAAAACAUAUAUUUGGAAACGAGCUUAUUCCAUAUGGACAGGCACUGUUUGAAGAGCUUGAACCGGAAACUCAGGAAAGAGUCAUGCAAACAAUACGCGAAGACUCAAAUACAGACUAUGACAAACUCUUUCUAG